AUGGCCAGAACUAAACAAACAGCAAGAAAGUCUACUGGUGGUAAAGCACCAAGAAAACAGUUAGCUUCCAAAGCAGCUAGAAAAUCAGCACCAGUUUCUGGUGGGGUUAAGAAACCACACAGAUAUAAGCCAGGUACUGUUGCCUUGAGAGAAAUUAGAAGAUUUCAAAAAUCGACUGAAUUAUUGAUUAGAAAAUUGCCAUUCCAAAGGUUGGUUAGAGAAAUUGCUCAAGAUUUCAAAUCGGAUUUGAGAUUUCAAUCUUCUGCUAUUGGUGCUUUACAAGAAGCUGUUGAGGCUUACUUGGUUGGUUUGUUUGAAGACACAAAUUUGUGUGCUAUUCAUGCCAAGAGAGUUACUAUUCAAAAGAAGGAUAUUCAAUUAGCUAGAAGGUUGAGAGGUGAAAGAACCUAA